GGUUGUGUGGUAUCCAAUGGUGCUAUUGGUACCUCAAUUUUUUAACUCUUUCGUUGAAACCUACGCUUAUUUCAAUCGUGCGGUCCCUUAUCCUCUAUUAUUAUUUUGCUUCACUGGCGUGUCACUUCAAGUAUUUUCUCAGGAUAUUACGGUUACUCGUGCUUUUCAGGCUAUUAAACUACAAUGGUGGAUUUCCAAUGUUAACUUUUAUGAGUCUCGGUUUCCUCAUCGAUCUCACAACAAAGCCAUUACUGAUGAAUCCAGCACGUCAAGAAAAUAUAAUGAUUUUCUUUUCUCACCUCCAGAAAUUUCGUCUAAACUUUUGUUACCAAACGAUUCUUUUGCUAGAAAUAAGCCUAAUACCACUUCUGCUCUCUUUGAAAAGGACAAUUCGAAGCAAGAUAUAAUUAUUGGCACUCAAGAUAGUAAUCAAGAUAUUCAUUUAGUUCAUUCUAAUUCUGUUCAACAAUCCUCCUCUUUAUCAUCUAAUUGUAUAAAUCCAUCAACUUCAUCAGAUUCCUCGAUAGGUAGUUCUAAUCAAGCUAGCGUUCCACUUAAUUCUAUUAUAGAUGUAGUAGAGUCAUCAAUCCAUUCGAUUGGUGGUGAUGAAGGACAGAUUGAUGCUAUGCUUGUUAAUCGUGAAUCAACAAAGAGAAUAUCAGGGAAAUUUACAAAAAGUUCUAAUUCUAGUUUAGAUACUGAUUUAUCCCAAGAAAUUAAAACGUUUACUAUACAGACUUUAAAAAAUUUAUAA